CAGGUACUGUUCAUCAGUUUAGCUUAACUGUGAUUAGUUUAGUUCUUCUAUUACCCCACCGCAUCUCAUCUUAUCGACCUUACCCCAUCGCCUUCCACCGCCUCACCGCCUCAGAUCCUUUCCAUUAAUCGUCUUCUUCUUCUUUCUUUGAUUAUGCAGUUCUCUCUCUGCACCCAAAAAAAGUCUCCGCUCCUUCGCUUACCGCUGCUCCACUGGAGGUUGAAGACGAAUUUUGGUGCCCUAUUACCCGUAGUCGUGACCACAGCCACCAACGACCGAUCGACCUCCACUGCGGGUCGAUUGGUCGUCGUAUUUGACCUUCUGUUCGUCUUUUUUUGGAGGUUGCCCUCUGUUCGUAUUUCACCGACUCAAAUACUUUCAAUCAUCUGCGAGGUUGUCGAUUUUGACGGACUGAAGUUCUCUCAAAAACUUCAUAAUUUUUCAGAAGAUGAAGACAUUUGGUUUGUGUUCAUUAGAAGUGAAAGAAAUCGAAUUGAUGUUUGUUCAAAUUGUCGUCCGCCUUUAACUCUUAGGAUGUGUCAUGUGUGUCUGUUUCGUUAUGAAGGAUUCCAGAUGUAAAAAAAUAAUUCUUGAAGCGUCUGGAAGAGAUAAAAGCCCACAAUGGAGUUGGUGGGUGUUGAUUGUUAGAUUCACACCAGUGAAGAUUCUGGCUUCUGUUUGGUGGGUUUACUUUUUUGUGUCCAAUAAGUUUUAUUCAAGGGCCACCAUGGAAGGGGCAUGCCGGAGUGAGGAGCCGGUGACUUCAGCGGAUGGUGUCAAAGUCCGAUGA